UCGACCAACUAGCCCUCCAGGUAAACCAGAAGUGUAUCAGAUUUCAAGAAAAACUAUAGAAAUACGUUGGUCUGAGCCACUCUGCCGUGGUUCAGACUGUAGCAUACAGAGUUAUGUAGUGAAGAUGCUGAAAGAAGAGACCAACACAUGGGAAGAAAUAGAAAAAACUAAAGCAGAAAAGCUUUUCUGUAGAACAGAAGUUACACCAAACUCUGUCCCAAGAUUUAAGAUAGUUGCUGAUUGUGGCAAUGAUGGAUGCAGUGUGGACAGUGAUCCUAGUGAUCUCUUUACAGUAAAUACUAAUAACAAGCUUACAAAAGCUAAUAACAAUAAAAUAUCGAAAGAAAACUUAUGUGGUAAAUUAAAUCCUGUGGCUGGAAGUACUCCACGGAUUUAUAUGCUCCAUGCAAAGUUAGUUAAUGACAACAAGGAAGAUUUAAUCCGAAAGUAUGAGCUAGGAACGCCAGAGCAUAAUAGUCAGGAAAAAGUAAUCUUACUAGUUGGUAAGACAGGAGCAGGCAAGACAACUUUGAUCAACAGUCUCAUCAAUUACGUGUUUGGUGUUAUGAAGGAUGAAUUUCGCUUCAAACUGAUAUCGGAAGACACUGGUGGAUGCCAGGGCAAGACUCAAUAUAUUACUUCUUACACUAUACACCAUCAAGAGGGUUUCAGCUAUCCCAACACUCUCACCAUUAUUGAUACUCCAGGGUUUAGUGACACUUACAGAGUGAUGAUAGAUAGAGAGUUCACCAGUCUGAUACGCACCUUCUUUAAGACCACAGGCACAGGUGGUAUUAAGACCACAGGUACAGGUGGUAUUAAGACCACAGGUACAGAUGGUAUUAAGACCACAGGUACAGGCGGUAUUAACCACAUUGAUGCUCUAGGCUUUGUGUGUCAGUCGUCACAGUCACAAUUAACUCCAGCACAAAAGUUCAUUUUUAACCAAAUGUUCUCCCUGUUUGGCAAAGACAUUAAGGAUAAUACUUUUUUGUUUCUCUCUUUUGCUGAUUUGCAAAAACCACAAGUUCUUAGUGGAAUUAAAACAGCUGAUUUACCAUACCGAACAUACUUCAAGUUUAACAACUCUGCUACAUAUGCUAAUAACACUGAUGAUACUAGGAACACUGAUACUGCAUAUGACAGUGAUAACGAGCAUGAAAUGCUGAAUGUUUGA